AUAAAUUUGAAUAUCAAAGUUCUAGGAGUUUCGAAAGUACUUCACGAAUAGGUUUCGAUCUAGGUCUGAUCAUUUAAACUAAUUAGAUAGCCUAUUCAAGAGAGUAAUUCAAAUCCUAAACCAUGUAAAGAAUGAUAGUUUAAACACUCCUUUGAAUCCCAUCAGUACAAUGUACAUACACGCAUUUACCUUAAUCCAACAAUUUUUUGAGGAUCUAAUAAGCAUGCAUUCCAUUUUCUAAAUAGGAUCUCUUAUUGCAAUCUCGGAUUGGACAAUGCAUAUAUACGAUACCUAGUGAUUGACUUUGAGAUUAAAGUAAAUGGAAAUAAUCUGGAGGUAAAUCCUUGUUAAUUAAAUCUUCGACAGUCUAUAAGUUUAGUAUGGCA